AUGGCGCCGAUCAGCUACUGCUUGGAUGAACAAAUGAAAACUAGCAAAAAGAGAAGGGGUGAUUUAAAAUAUGCUAGUCACCAAUUUUACAUCGAUGACUUGAAACUGUAUGCCAAAGAUCGAAUGACUCUACAGCAGCUCAUUCAGAUUUUGAAAGAAGUGUUACCAGCGAUCGGUGUAAAGCUCAAUGAAAAGAAGACCACCUCCGUAGACCGGCUAAAUAUCUCUCGAGAUAGAGGAGGAAUCAGAAGUCGAGCUAGCCACAACCACCGUUUGGGCAUACUUAAAAUUUCAGGAGGAAAUGAUGGAAAUAAAUGGAUACUAAGGAGUGGUAAAGAAAAAAAAGCGUGGUUUAAAAAGCAUGCUAAAAGUUACACGAGGCUUACCGAUCCAAAGAGCAUUGGGCCACAGGAAUGGUACAAUAUGUUCAAAACCACAGAACCAAAUCCGGAUGGAGAUCCUACACAGAUAUAG